AUGCCGUCUGCACAGUCCCCGGGUUUGGCCACUAGCCGCCAUGCUCCCGUGGUUGUUUUGGCGGACUCUCUCGAGAAGCCCUCCCUUGACGAUCGUGACUAUCGCGUAACCAACAAAGCUAGUGCUGCCUUGGACGUCAAUGUGGGCUGCUUCAGCGACGAAGAUGAAAUGCCUGGCAUGGCAAAUGCUGUAGGACAUCUUCUGUUCAUGGGCACAACAAAGUUUCCUGUGGAAGAUGAUUACAGCCAGUAUCUGUCCACCAACUCUGGUGAUUAUAAUGCUUACACCGCGUAUACCUCAACUAAUUACUACUUCGACGUUGCGGCCAAACCAGCAGACGAUGAAGAACCCUCAGAGACCAACCCGUCACCGCUCCUCGGGGCCCUUGACCGUUUUGCACAGUUUUUUAUCGAGCCUUUGUUUUCUCCAGGCACCCUGGAUAGAGAGUUACGGGCUGUGGACUCAGAAAACCAGAAGAACAUGCAAAACGAUUAA